AAGACUAUGAAAAAUGAGGGGGCAAAUUUGGAAUAUAAUGGUUGAAUUAAGUGGGAGAAUGGUUGAUUGGUUACUUUUUUCUGCAUAUUUUGUGGUUCUCUCAAAUUGAAUGUGACUGUUCAGAAGUCACAGACACACACCCUUCAACGACUGCACUUAAACCUCUCUUCUCCCUCCUCCUCUCUCUCUCUCUCUCUCUCUCUGCAUUUUCUUUUACUAUCAAUCAAUGAAGUAAGUAAAAUACUAAGGAAGAUCAAAACUUUACCAAGACGAAUUCGUGGGCCAUUUUCUUUUCAGCCAAGGUAUUAUUAAUCUUCAGAAGAAUAGAUUGGUAUUGAUCUGAAAAAGGAUGCCAAACCAGCUAUGGUUUGCACUGCCAAUGAUUUACAAGGAUGGAAAGAUUUUCCAAAGGGACUUAGGGUUCUUCUACUUCAAGGAGACAACAAUUCUGCUUCUGAAAUAAGAGCAAAGCUUGAAUCUAUGGACUAUAAUGUUUCUACCUUCUACAAUGAGAAUGAAGCCCUGUCAGCGAUAUCAAGUAGUUCCAAAGAUUUCCAUGUUGCCGUAGUGGAGGUGAGUAUAAGCUGCCCUCAUGGAGGUUUCAAAUUUCUUGAGAAUGCGAAGGACUUGCCAACCAUUAUGACUUCAAACAGUCGGUGCAUAAACACCAUGAUGAAGUGCAUUGCGCUUGGCGCAGUUGAGUUCCUCACUAAACCACUCUCUGAGGACAAACUGAAAAAUAUUUGGCAGCAUGUGGUUCACAAGGCAUUCAAUGCUGAGUCAAGUGCUAUGUCUGAAUCACUAAAACCUGUCAAAGAAUCGGUAGAAUCUAUGUUGCAGCUCGAAACAGACAACAAACUACAUGAGAGUACAAUAUUGAUAGAUUUAGAGAACGUGUCCAAGUCUAGUGAUGAUGAACACGAGCAUUCCGCGGCAAGUGAUAAAUAUCCGGCUCCUUCGACCCCUCAGUUAAAACAAGGUGCGAGAUUAGUAGACGAUGGCGAUUGCCAUGAGCAGACUAAUUGCUCAAUAGAAAAAGAAAGUGGGGAGCACGACGGUGGUGAAUGUAAAUUUGUCGAAACUUCAUGUGAGAAUGUGAACGCAGAGAGUUCUCCUCAACCAACGAAACCUCUGAUUAAGGAGGAAGAUGAUUUUGCCAAUGGUUCGAAGGGUGAGAGUAGUGUUUUAACGAAUCCACAAAGUAAAAAGUUACUCGGCGACACUGGUGUUAAUGCAUCUCCAAAUGAAACAAGUGGUCCUAAGGAUUCAUGUGAGAUUAAAGCUAAUCGGAAGAAGAUGAAAGUAGACUGGACACCUGAGCUGCACAAAAAAUUCGUGAAGGCAGUCGAACAACUAGGUAUUGAUCAAGCCAUUCCUUCUCGUAUAUUGGAGUUAAUGAAAGUCGAGGGCUUGACAAGGCAUAAUGUGGCAAGCCAUCUUCAGAAAUAUAGAAUGCACAAGAGACAGAUCAUGCACACAGACGAAGAUAAAAAAUGGCCAAAACAAAGAGAUACAAUGCAAAGGAACUAUUGUAUGCAAAGACCAAUCAUGGCUUAUCCACCAUAUCAUUCUAAUCACACCUAUCCUCCAGCUCCUGUAUAUCCUAUGUGGGGACAACCUGGAAGUCAAACAGCCGGUGUACCGAUUUGGGCUCCGCCUGGUUAUCCUCUAUGGCAACAACCUACAGAAAGUUGGCAUUGGAAUCCUUAUCCGGGGGUGCAUGUAGAUGCAUGGGGUAACCCAAUGUUGCCACUUCCUCAACCUCCUUGUGUACCCUACACUCAAAAUAUAACUGGGUUGCAUAAUGCUAAAGCAGUGGAUUAUAGAUUUGGCAUGCCUCAAAAUUCCUUUGACCAUUAUCCGGCAGAGGAAAUGGUGGACAAGGUUGUGAAGGAGGCAAUAACCAAACCAUGGCUACCAUUACCAAUAGGCCUCAAACCUCCUUCAAUGGAUAGUGUUUUGGAUGAACUUACUAAACAAGGCAUCCCUUUUAGCAAGAGCAAGGCCUCUAAACACUGAUGAUGACGUGUACAUGACCUAAAUGGGUCCCACCAAAACAUCAGUUACUUUUAUUGGUGGUUGUGGAGAGACAACCUGGCUGGCAGACACACAUGGGCCAAUGCCAUGUGGACUUUUGUAAUAAUCUUGUAUCUCAAAUUUAUCAUGAGUGAGGUUCCAACAACCAACUACAGUGGUAGAUUAGAUUAGUUUAGAAUCAUUUCUGGAAAACUUGGGACCAUUUAUUUUUCCCUUGUGGUCCCCACCAUAACACGGAUAGCUUAUGUAGCUUCUUGGCAAUGACAUAAUAAGAUGAUGCAUGAUGCAUUCAUGGCA